UUGCUGGUGAACCGGGACCCGGGCCGAGGAGGGGCCGACCAAGGGGUUCGUGGGCAGCGGCUACAGGGAACCAAGCUUCCGGGCAAAGGAACAGGAGCCGCCCGCCUGGGAGCCCUCUCGGGACCCCCAGGGGCCUCGAGCGCAGCAUUCUCCAGCCCGCGCACGCCGGGUUUCUCAGAUCUCUUUUCCGGGUUGGCGCGCAGCCUUAUCUAGGCCAGCCGGCCGGUUGUCGGGGUAACACGGGAAUCAGCCCGAGGCCGGAGCCGCGUGGGCUUGGGGAGCACGGGGUCCGCGUCGCCCGGGGAGAAGGCACCUCUCGCCCGCCCUUGCUCUCGCCCCGCCGGGGCCGUCUCGGGGAAAGCAAACUGUCUCCCCGCCAUGAAGCCCAACUUCUCUCUGCGCCUGAGGGUCUUCAACCUCAACUGCUGGGGCAUUCCCUACCUGAGCAAGCACCGUUGUGACCGUAUGAAGCGCCUGGGAGACUUUCUGAAUAUGGAGAGCUUCGACCUGGCCCUACUGGAGGAGGUGUGGAGUGAGCAGGACUUCCAGUUCCUGAGACAGAAACUGUCUUUCAGCUACCCAGAUGCACACUACUUCAGGAGCGGAAUCAUUGGCAGUGGCCUCUGUGUCUUCUCCAAACACCCAAUCCAGGAAAUCAUCCAGCAUGUCUACACCCUCAAUGGCUACCCCUACAUGAUCCAUCAUGGUGAUUGGUUCUGUGGGAAGGCUGUAGGACUUCUGGUGUUUCAUCUAAGUGGACUUGUACUCAAUGCCUACAUAACCCAUCUCCAUGCCGAGUACAGCCGACAGAAGGACAUCUACCUAGCGCAUCGUGUGGCCCAAGCUUGGGAACUGGCCCAGUUCAUCCAUCACACAUCCAAGAAGGCAGAUGUGGUUCUUUUGUGUGGGGACCUCAACAUGCACCCAAAAGAUCUGGGCUGCUGCCUGCUGAAGGAGUGGACAGGACUGCAUGACGCCUACCUCGAGACCCAGGACUUUAAGGGCUUUGAAGAAGGCUAUACCAUGGUACCCGAGAACUACUAUGUCAGUCAGCAGGACCUGGGGCCGUUUCCCUCUGGCAUCCGCAUUGACUAUGUGCUUUACAAGGCAGUUUCUGGGUUCUACAUCUCCUGUAAGACUCUCAAAUCUACUACAGGCCAUGGCCCCUACAAUGGCACCCCCCUCUCUGAUCAUGAGGCCCUCAUGGCAACUCUGUGUGUGAGACAUAGUCCCCUCCAGCAAAACCCCAGCUUUGUCCAUGGACCAGCAGGGAGGUUACCAUUGAUCAGUGUGCUGAGGGAGGCCUGGACCGAGCUGGGGCUAGGCAUAGCUCAAGCUCGCUGGUGGGCUGCCUUCGCUGGCAAUGUGAUUGGUGUGGGGCUGCUUCUCCUGGUGUUGCUGUGUGUCCUGGCAGCAGAAGAAGGGGCCAGGGAAGUGGCCAUACUACUCUGGACCCCCAAUGUAGGACUGGUGCUGGGGGCAGGUGCAGUCUACCUCUUCCACAUGCAGGAGGCCAAAGGCUUGUGUAGGGUCCAGACUGAGCUCCAGCAUGUGCUGGGAAGGGAAAGUGAGGCCCAGGACCUGAGCUCAGAGGCUCAGCUGGCCCUGCUCCUGGGGCAGGACGGGAGACAGAGCUGAGGAUCAAUAAAGCUUGACAUACUAGUGGCUCUGCCUUUUUCCUCAUAGAGGCAGUGAUGAGAACCAAGGAUUAGUGUGAUUGUCACAAUGUAAACAUUAGGGCUCUGACACAUCUUCCGUCCCUGCACACCGCCGCACUCCCAUCAGCAUGCAUCCUAAACCCUAUCUGUAGCAGAAACAUUUUUAUUGUCAACAGUGAGGUUCCCUCCCAAGCAGCCCAGAUGAGCAGUGGUGGCACUGUCCUGGGAUGAGGUUGUUUCCUUUGUAGGGUAGAAGGCAGGUAGCCCACCAUUUUCUAGCCCUGGGCCCCAGUCCCUGAGGCCAGCUCGCUGAGCCUGCGUUCCUCCUGGAAACGAAUGAGGGCAUCCCGCUGGUUCACCACAUCUACCAACUUCCUCAGGACCUGCUCCUCAGCCUGCCGAUCUGCUGCUGUCUUUAGGGUUUCUGAAGGAAGAAGGUGAAGCUUACAGAACAAGGAACUGG